AGUUAAAAGUCAAACUAAACAAACCGUUAAACCGCUCCAUAUGUAACUUUCCCGCGGCUUGCAAAACUUUGUCCCCAUUAGUUGACCAAAACAUCAAAAGACAUCGCCGUCGUAACAACGCCACCGGUGCCGCCUCUCUGUUCCCUUUCUCAAAUGGAGGUCGAAGUAAAGCUACGUCUCGCAAACGCCGAAGCUUAUCGCCACGUCACCACCUUGCUCUCUCCAUUCCACGUCAUCACCCAUCACCAACACAACCACUUCUUCGACGGCACCACCUCCGAACUCUCCUCGCGUCACGCCACACUUCGUCUCCGAUUCUACAACGACAACCAACGGUGUGUCGUUUCUCUCAAAUCAAAAGGAGUUCUUGUCAACGGCGUGCGUCGUGUAGAGGAAGAUGAAGAAGAUUUGAACCCUAAAACCGGUCGCGAAUGCGUUGCUGAACCGGGAAAAUUGGGUUCGGUUGAGUCGAGGAUUUUGAGGAGGGUGAAGGAGGAGUUUGGAGUGGUGGGUGAAAAUGGGUUUUUGGGUUUAGGGGGUUUUCGGAAUUUGAGGAAUGUUUAUGAUUGGAAAGGUUUGAAAUUGGAAGUUGAUGAAACUGAUUUUGAUUUUGGGACUUUGUUUGAGAUUGAGUGUGAAAGUGCUGAUCCUGAAGAAGCUAAACGUGUUCUCGAAGAGUUCUUGAAGGAAAAUGGAAUUGAUUACUCAUACUCUGUUGCUUCUAAAUUUUCAAUUUUUCGAUCUGGGAAAUUGGCACAUCAAUCAACAAGGAAGUUCAUUUGCUAUGAUUCAGAUUCUAACUCACAUCAUCAUGCUAAGAAGAAGAAUAAGAACCAAAACUCAAAUGGUACUAAGAGUUGUAAAGUGAUUACAAAUCCACUUCUCCUUGAAGACUUGAGGUUUCAUAUAUUUACUUUUGUUCCUAUUAACUGUCUGCUUAAUAUUCUAUAAGGUAUGUAUGCAAGUCUUGGGCUGAAACUAUUGGCAGCUCCCGUUUUACUGAAGCAUAUGGCCGCCGCCGUGGUGCACAUUCUUCUAAAAUUGGUCUUUACGUUGAAAAUCACACACUAGGCCCUUGUUAUUUCUUGGAAUUUAAAGAUUAUGUGAGUGGCCAAUUUGAAAGGACUAAUUUGGGAACACCUGAAAGAAUGGGACGUAUAAUCGGUACUUGUGAUGGUAUGUUGUUGCUUAGGAAUAGUUGUAAACAAAUGUUUUUGGUGAACCCCCUCCUCAAGUGGUGGCUUAGACUUCCUUUUUAUCCCAUUACUACUCCUCAACGAUCUCCGGGAUUUAGGUAUCAAGGUGCUAUAACACGUGUUCCUAGAACUGGAAAAUUGAGUCUAAUGAUGAUUUUGGUACAACAUUAUUUCAAAUCUACAUUUUGAAUUUUGAUUCAGGAAAAUUGUCUCUUCAUCAUGAGAUGGGACCUUUUGAUUUUGUGGCUAUUUGCGGUUGUAAGGUUUAUUCAUCUCUCAUAUUUCGUUUAUGGAUCAACAAUCAAAUUAUCUUUCAAGUAUAUGUAAAGGUAUUUUCAAACUAUGAAAAAAUGCAUUUUGGUUACAACAUCAAGACAGGACAAUUGACAAAGAUUGGGGACAUUGACAUGGGCGAAUUUGAACUAUGGCUUUACACUAAAACUCUAAUUACAUUGCCAGAUACUAUGAUAUAGCUAAGUUUCUUGGUAAUAUAUUUCUCU